AGGUAGCUGGGAGGAGAGCGGACACGAGCGUGCCAAGCCUGCAGGAUACAAAGCUUCUCCCCGGGUCCUUCAGCUGAGCCGAACCCGCAAGAUGAUGAGUUAUUACAUGGACACAACCAUUGGCAGCACAGCUCCUUAUCCUUUGGCUCGGCCUGGAGUGAUGAAGGCGGCAGCGGCUGCUCCCUGCCAGGACCCCUGGGGGGGCUGUGCCCUGCAGGGCUGCUGCUGCCAGCCCCGGCCCUGCUGCCCGCUCUGGGACGAGCCCGCCACGCAGGAGGUGCCCACCGGGCUGGAGCACUGCGGCACCGACAUGGAGUGUGCAGAUGUGCCUUUAUUAACACCCAGCAGCAAAGAAAUGAUGUCCCAGGCACUGAAAGCCACCUUCAGUGGCUUUGCCAAGGAGCAGCAGCGGCUGGGAAUUCCCAAAGACCCCCAGCAGUGGACGGAGACGCACGUGCGGGACUGGGUGAUGUGGGCAGUGAACGAGUUCAGCCUGAAGGAAGUGGAUUUCCAGAAGUUCUGCAUGAAUGGAGCUGCCCUCUGUGCCCUGGGCAAGGAGUGCUUCCUGGAGCUGGCACCUGACUUUGUGGGAGAUAUCCUUUGGGAACAUCUGGAGAUCCUGCAGAAAGAAGAGGUGAAACCGUACCCAGCAAACGGAGUGAGCACCACAUACCCCGAGUCCCGCUACACCUCAGACUACUUCAUUAGUUAUGGCAUCGAGCACGCCCAGUGCGUGCCCCCCUCCGAAUUCUCCGAGCCCAGCUUCAUCACCGAGUCCUACCAGACCCUGCACCCCAUCAGCUCGGAGGAGCUGCUGUCCCUCAAGUACGAGAGCGACUAUCCCUCGGUGCUGCUGCGGGAGCCGCCCCAGGACGCGCUGCAGACCGACUUCUUCUCCAUCAAGCAGGAGGUGGUGACGCCAGACAACAUGUGCAUGGGCCGUGCCAGCCGAGGUAAGCUGGGAGGCCAGGACUCCUUCGAGAGCAUCGAGAGCUACGACAGCUGCGACCGCCUGACGCAGUCCUGGAGCAGCCAGUCCUCCUUCCAGAGCCUGCAGCGCGUCCCCUCCUACGACAGCUUCGACUCUGAGGACUACCCUGCCAGCCUGCCCAGCCACAAGCCCAAGGGCACCUUCAAGGACUAUGUGAGGGACCGGGCCGACAUGAACAAGGACAAGCCUGUCAUCCCUGCUGCUGCCCUGGCUGGCUACACAGGCAGUGGACCCAUCCAACUGUGGCAAUUCCUGCUGGAGCUGCUCACUGACAAGUCCUGUCAACCCUUCAUCAGCUGGACGGGCGAUGGCUGGGAAUUCAAACUUUCAGACCCAGACGAGGUGGCCCGGCGAUGGGGCAAGAGGAAAAACAAGCCCAAGAUGAACUACGAGAAGCUGAGCCGCGGGCUGCGCUACUACUACGACAAGAACAUCAUCCACAAGACGGCGGGGAAGCGCUACGUGUACCGCUUCGUCUGCGACCUGCAGAGCCUGCUGGGCUACAGCCCCGAGGAGCUGCACGCCAUGCUGGACGUCAAACCCGACGCCGACGAGUGACAGGCUGCCCUCCUCGCCGCGGACUUGCGUGGUGGUUUCUGUUCUUACCCGUUUUCGCUGUUUUCUGCUCGUUUUUUUUUUUUUCGAUGGUCGCUCGAGGCUUUGAGGAAAAAUUUUGGGAAGGAUGGGCUUUUUAUUGAUUUCCUGAAAGGGGAAAAUUCUGAGUUUUAAAGGCAGAAAAAUGUAGCUCACUUUAAAAAAAAAAAAACAACAACAACCCCCCCUCCCCACACUUGGCUGUUUAGGAAAAACAAUGCGAUUGAAUGGAUCCCUUUGGUUGCUCACACACAAAACUGACAGGUCAGGAAUGAUAACAUUCCAGAGGAUUUGAGGAAUUUAAGCUUUCUUCUUUUGGGAAACCAAAAUGGGUGAAUAUUCUUGCUUUGGGGAGGGGCAAUAUAGGAAAAAGUCAAGAACUGUUGUUCUUAUUCCAUCACCUUUCUGUCCAUUGUCUUCUUUUUUACAAGAGAUAGAAUUUUUCCUAGGAGGGAUCAAGACUUUUUUUAUUUUUUAUUUUUUUUUUUUAAGUUUUAUUUUAUUAAAUUUUGUGCCAGUAUUUGUCUUUUUUUUUUUUUUUUUCUAAAUAGUCUUAAGCUCUAAGAUGGUCUCAGUAUUGCAAUAUUGUUGAGUGUUUGUUUCUGUUCUGCCAGCAGAGACUUUUAUCCCAGGGAGGAAAAAGAGAAAAAGAGGAAUAAAUUUAUGUAGACCCCACUGGAGAAUUGGAGUGCUGGGACUAGGUUGGGAAGGAAAAUGAACCCCAAAGUGGCUCCUGUUGAUUCUGGCUGGGGGUGCCACUCAUGUUUCCAGCCCCACAUGCUGUGCUGAUGAUGCUGGUUGAAAUCCCUUUUUUUUUUUUUUUUUUUAAAUAUCUGGCUGCACAAAUCCUCUCAAAAUUUCCAUGGAAAAUGUCUUUUUUUCAUUUUCCAAAUCACUUCUUUUGUUCAAGGAAUACUUUGGUGCUUACAGAAUUGGUUUUUUUUUUGGGGAGGGGGAAAGGAGAGAAAUUGCCACGUUUUCAAUGUGGUAAAUGGAAAAUAUGCAAGUUAAUUGAGGGGAAAAAUCAGGAAAAAGUUCAGAACCCAAAGGGAAAUGUUUUUUCCUUCCUGACUCAAGCAGCUCUGUCUUUAUGGCAGUAUGUGGGCACAGCAGAAAGGGAAUUGUCCCUGCAGUGGGCUCCUGAUGGCUCCUGGGUGUGAGUGGCACUCUGCUGUCACCAGGGCUGCUGUGGCAUCAGUCCCACAGAGCUGCUCCCUCUGGCCUCCAAACCCUUCCUGCAGCUGCUUUCCUGGAGGGGUCACUCCUGCUGCUGUGCUCUGGGCAGGCUGAGACACAGUCCCACCCUCGGGUGUGCUGGUGGCAGCUGGAGGCUCAGAGCUUGUUCCCAGAUCCUGAUACCAUCCCAAAGCCAGAUCCCUGCUGGAAGGGAAUCUUGCACCUCCCUGGGUGUUUGCGUUUAAAGGCAGCAUUUUGUACUUUGCCAAAAUCCCUUCUCUGUAAGUGCUUUGUCUGUGUUUUUGGGGCGCAGAGUUCAUUGCAGAGGCACUGUGGGGCAGCUCUGGGGGUCAGAGCCUUUCCAGAGGUGCUGCAGAGUGAUUCCUGCCUGGUGCCAGUGGAUCCCAAAGGACAGGACAGGAAUCUGUGUCAAACAGCCAGAAUAUUCAGGCAGAACCCACCCACAGAGGGGCAGAGCUGGAGGGGAGCUCCAAGGUGAUGCCCAGAGGUGCUGGGCUCUCCUUUCCCUCUGGAGCUGAGGGCACCCAGCAGCUCUGUAUCCUAAAGCUGGUAAUCCUAGGGAAAGUCACCCCCAGAGCUGCUGUGUCCUGAUAAAAGGAGGCUGGAGAGGAGAUGGGAAGGCUCCUGCCAAGGGGGUGGAAGCAGAGGGGUCAGGAAGGGAGGUUGUUGCACUCAGGUGCUGUGGGUUGUCUGAAGGAAAGGAUGGGAAGGAUGGAAAGGAGGGAGGAGGGGAUGGAAGGAAGGUGAGGGGAACCCCAGAGGAGGAAAGGGACACUGCCCACUGAGAAGUGGAAUUUGGCUCAUCUCCUCAGGCAGGGAGCAGGAGGAUGGAGGAAGCCUGGCCAAGCUGGAGGGAGGAAAGGAAAACUGGGAUGUCAUGGAUGAGACCCCCCCCAGGUGAGGCUGUGGGACAGUUCCAGCCUGAGCCAAGGCUGGGCAGGGGGCCAGGAGCAGUGUGAGGGCACAGAGUGCACAGGGAAGAGCUGCUGAACAGCAUCCCAGCAGGAAGGGUUGGGCUCCCAGCAGUCAGAGGGGUUUUUUUGGAUGUUCAGGGUUGCUGUGAACUGCCCUGAGCUUGCCCAUCAUGGGGCCCUUAAAUUCCCUUCCACCCUUAGAAAGGGACCCACAGACACCCCUGGCCAAGGGCUGUGUCCCAGGACAUCCCCCUACUUUUCUUGGAUGCUCCAGGUGAAAAACAAAAAGAAUGGGAUGAAAUUUCCCUGCAGCAGGAGGAAUUGCAGGUUUGGCUGCAGCCCCAUCUCCCUGCCAGGCUAAAUCCCUCAUCCACUGUGCUCAUCCCAGGUUUCCCAGCCCAGCCUGGGUGUUCCCAGUGAUUUUGGGGUGGUGGUUCGAGGUUAGCAAGGGUGAGCCAUGGGAAGCAGCUCUGGAUUUUUGGAAGAAGCCUCUGGCUGGAGUUUCUCCAUCAUUUCUCCCAGCCCUUUGCCCUCCCAGCUGUGACCAGUCCCAGACACAUCAGCUCCAUCAUUUCCUAUUUUCCUUUGCUUUUAUUCCCAUUCUAGAGGCCAUCCCAGAGGUGGGUGCUGUUUAUACACUGGAAAUGUGCAGAUUUCUCUUUGUUUCUUUUGCUUUGGUUCCUUUUUCCUUCUGCUUGUCACUGCUGGCCUUUGAUGAGGGCUGUGCUGAGCUCAACCCAAACCCUCUGAGCUCCUUCAAGUCCACAAAAAUGUGUUUAAUCCCCACCUGCUGGCACAGAAGGAUGGAUUUGAGAGGAAUGAUGGAGCUCUGCCAAGAGUGGAGUCCCAGGAGUGAAUUUCCCCUCACAGAUCCUGUUGGGAACGGGGUCAUUUUGUUUUGGUUUGGAAUGUCUCAGGUGCUUUGGCCGAGUUUUUGGGAUAUUUUCUGUGUCCUGCUCAUUUUCUGCUGUUUCCAUGUGGGUUGGUGUGCCCUUGGCCUCUCUGGCAGAGCCUGCUUGCAAUCAGCUGUGGAGGCCUUGACAGGUGAUAUUUGUGAACUCAAAAAUAAAGGGAAAAAACCCAAGAAUGAUGAAAACCCACCCCAAUAAUGACAAAAAACCACAAGCACUUUCCUGCUGCCAGUCCCUCUCCAUCUCCAUGUGUGGGAUCACCACAGUCCUUGGACCCUGGGGUGUGUCCAAGUGGAGAUCCAUGUUAUUCCCACACUCCCACCAUCCUGAUCCAGAUCAGGGGGAGAAAUAACCAAACAGGGGGAAAAAAUACAGAAUAAUGUAAAAUUUCACUUUCUCCUGUCGUCCCAAACCAACAUCUCCUCCAACAAACAGUCCCAGAAAGCACCAGUAAAUCCAGGUUCUGCUGAAAGCAUCUCCACCUUGUGAAUUCUGAUUUUUUGGAGGGGUUUUCUCUGAGGUUUUAGGACUCAAUUGCUGGUUCCUUGUGAAUUUUGCAAAACUGGGUUGCCUUGGUCUGCUCUGCUCCCUGGUAGGGUCUAUGUAACACCCAGGAGCUGUUGUCUACAUUCCAAAGAGGUUUAAAUAAAGGAAAAAUCUAUGUAUACAUAUAUGUUAUAAUGGAAUAUCUCCAGGAAUUAACUGCCUCAGUAAAAAAAACAAACAAACAAAAAAAAAAAAAAAAAGGAAUUUUUUUUUUGUUUUAUUUUGGUUUUACACUUUUUUUUUAAGCUGACAAACUUAGAAGAAGUAAAAAAAAAAAAGAGAUUGUUAUAUUGUGCUGUUCGACUAUUUUCCAACGUGUAUUUUCAUAUAAUUUAUAUUUUUUAAAAGUGGGGGAAAAAAAAAGUUUAAAAGUGAGAUUUAAAAAAAAAAAAUUAAAAAAAAAAAAACAACAAGGAAAAAGCAGGUGCUUUUUUUAAAAAAAACCUGAGCUGAGGUAGCUUAGAGAUGUAGCGAUGUGUGUGUGUGUCCGUGUGUUGUGUCUGGUUCUGUUUGGUUUUUUUUAAAGGAUUCAAAAAUAAAAAAAUAAAAUCCCUCCUCCACUGAAUUCCUAGACAAGGAGGAGAUUGGUUUUGUUUUAAUUGCUGAUGCUGGCACAUCAUUUUGCUGGAGAGUUUUUUAUAUACUGUAGCCUUAUUUCAUAUCGUAUUUUAAACCAUGUGAAAUUAAAAGAAGAAUAAUUCCUAA